UAGAUUUCCUAAACAAGUGUUAACCACAGACCUUAUUAUCGGCGUUUAUUCAAAACCGCCAUUCAUUUUCCCAUAGGCUUUGGCUAACGAACCAUGGUGGAGUUCGCAAAGAUGGUUACCCCUUCUGCCGCCUGUGGAGUGAGUUGAUGCCUACAAAAAUACACCAUUACUAGUUCUCUGAAUACCCUCCGCUGUGGUAUGGGUAUGAUCAAAGAUAUUAGAGAAAGGAGAUUGGAAUCCUAUUGUGCAAUGAAUGAGGCACGUAUAACGACCCACCCAGCAGACUGUUGACCAAUCGCGUUGACGUUGUCUUGCUUCGUCACGCUGUUGCUAAAAUAAUCGUCACGAAAUCCCUUCCCAAAGUCGGUAUGAGUAGAGAAAAAGGUACACAUUACAGAUAUUAAGUUAAUUAUCGCACAUAUCGGAAAAUAUUUGUAAUGUUGUACUUCUUGACAAAAUGCAAGCUAAUGUUGAGUUUUUAGUUAGCGGCCAAUUGACUCCCAUUCACUCCUUGAAGGAGAGCUCUCCUUGUCCAAGAAUCACCCAGAAGGCACCGCGCUGUCCAUUGACGUAGCAUGGGCAACGUACACAAUGGUUGUUAAUACGAUUUCAAUGGUGUUUCCUAGCUCAUCAAAAGUAUCUCUGGUGUUAAACACCACUGUUGGAUGAGAGCGUUUUGUGAUUCUCGCAGUGCAGCGUGGGAUAGCGGAGGCGCAACCGACCGAGAGAAAUGGAUGUGUUUCUGAUGAUCCGGCGUCACAAGACAACCAUCUUCACUGAUGCCAAAGAGUCAACUACGGUCUACGAGCUGAAGCGCAUAGUGGAGGGUAUCCUAAAGAGGGCACCGGAGGAACAGAGGCUGUACAAGGAUGACAUGUUGCUGGAGGAUAGUAAGACUCUUGGAGACUGUGGUUUCACAAAUCAGACAGCCAGACCUCAGGCCCCAGGGACUGUUGGAUUAGCAUUCCGUCUUGGUGAUGAUGCAUUUGAGCAGCUGAGGGUUGAGCCCUUCUCCAGCCCCCCAGAGCUUCCUGACGUCAUGAAGCCUCAGGACUCUGGCAGCACAGCCAAUGAGCAGGCCGUGCAGUGAGGGAAUGAAGCAGGCAGGGAGGGGGGGAUCUGGGAGGUGGUGCUUUGGAUUAGGUAGGCCGGCUUUACAGACUGCUUUAGGGUAACAUGCGAGUGUACCUGUGAGAUCUUUAACUUUGCAGGAAGAACAUGAAUUCCCUCACACAGAGGGGAGUAUUUUCAUGUUAUUCCUGAACUAGGCUCACGCAUGUUUAGAUUCACUCACAAGAUCCCUCAACAAACAUUUCUAAUUUGUCAGGCCACUGUCAGUAAGGGGGUUGGGAAAAAAAUGAAAAAUGCAUCAUACCUCAUUUAAUUCAUACUAGUCUUUUGGGGAGGGUGUAGCCUGUGUUUUGGCUUGGUGGGGAUUUGAGAAGGGAGUGGCUAUUACAUUUUUAGAAUGCCCUCUUGCUGAUUGCGUUUCUCUUUAUUCAAUAUCAAUAUUACAAUUUAGCGUUUUUUAAUUACUCCUUGGGGUGGUAAUAUGUGGAGCAACAAAGGGUUUGUUAUUAGCUUAUAACAUGUGCAUGAAAAGAUCUGAAAUAAACACACAAACAUGUUGAUGCCAUGACAUAAAAUGUAUAGCAGAACACAUGUACUUGCACACAGAAUGGUGUGAAGAUUUACAAUCGUCAGUUUUUAUUAAGCUUCCCCACUAUCUGGUUUUUGUUUGCUUGUUUCUUUAUCUUUGCACUGGAGUUCCUGUGUAUUCCCCCCCCCCCCCCCCCCCUUGAUUCUCUACAAAACUGUACCAAUUUGACCCCUAUCCCCAAAUUACACCACCCCACCCCCUAUUUUUGGGGAGCUGAAGUGUAAAUGGAAACCUUCAGUGGAAAGAGACAGGACUCACUAAUCUUGUGAUAAACAAGCAUGAAGGUACAAAUUACUGGUGUUGAAUGGAAAUGGGUGUAAACUGUCUCAAUUAGAUUCAACAACCUGACUGGGGUGGUUGUCAUGCCCUUUUUUUAAGAUAUGAUGGAAAUGGUUCACCAACAAGCUCUUUUUAAAACAGGACUUUAUGAAACAAGCAGCACCUGUAAUUGUCUUGAGUUGACAUAAAAAAAAGUUUUCUUUGUCA